GAGUUGCCUCUGCAGCCAGAGAGCCAAUGGAGUCUCUUGCAUGCGCUCACAUGAGUUUUUCCGGACAGUUUUUAAUGACUGAUAUUGAUGUAUGGUAAUUUCUUAGCUGGAUCACAUGACACAAUUACCUCAAGAAUCGAUCAAGAUGUAUUGCAGGUCUGCCUACGUUUCCGAUUUUUUCUCCCUGGCGGGGUCUUUCCACACGCCUGUGGUGCUAUAGAUGGACAAAGUUUAACACAGCAAAGCUGCCAAUUCUUUCCUCUGUUGCAGAGAGGAAAACUGAAGAGGAGAUAUGACGGAAUAUGAUGAUCGCAGCUGUGCGUCAAAUAUGUUUUUACCGAGCUGCACUUAUUACGUUUCGUCGCCCGAUUUUACAUCAGUCUCCUCCUUUCUACCCCAGACGACUUCGUGUCAGAUUAAUUUCCCCUAUUCUUCCAACAUAGCUCAAGUCCAACCUGUUCGAGAAGUCGCUUUCAGGGAUUACGGACUGGACCAUCCCAAAUGGCACUACAGGGGCAAUUACGCGUCUUACUACUCAACGGACGAGAUAAUGCACCGGGACUUAAUCCAGUCCUCCAGCAGCAGGGCGGAUGUGAUAUUCAAAAACGAGUCCUUGUAUGGCCACCACGGAGGGACAGGCUCGCCUUGCAAUUUCUUUACCAGCGUGGGUCGAAAUGGGGUUCUUCCCCAGGGCUUCGACCAGUUUUUUGACACUCCUAACUUGGACAAGCCCAACGCGGAGCUCCCCAAACAAAAGACAGACUAUAACGUUCCGGGUGAUGCUGCGAAUAACAAUCAGGCUGUGACCAAAGUAGAACAACACAAAGCUGAUCAAACCGGGAACGUCGACGAGGACUCGUCCUCCAACUGCAGCGACAAGAUCAACCAGCAAAGUUCAUCAACCAAGUCCAGGAAGAAGAGGUGUCCCUACACCAAAUACCAAAUCCGAGAACUUGAACGAGAGUUUUUCUUCAAUGUGUACAUUAACAAAGAGAAGCGGCUCCAGCUGUCCAGGAUGUUAAACCUGACAGAUCGGCAAGUGAAGAUUUGGUUUCAGAACAGAAGAAUGAAAGAGAAAAAGCUAAACCGCGACCGUCUACAGUAUUUCACUGGGAAUCCUUUGUUCUGAUACCUGGCAUAUCACACACAGACACACUCACACACCGAGGAAAAAUCGCAAACACUUUUCCAAGAGGCUUCGUUGUCAGCUGUGAUUAACAGUUGAUUUCACAAAAAUCUGGCUUUAAAAAAUUAAGUUGCCAAUAUUUUGUAUCAUUAGAAUUUUUGCACCAACUCUUGCGUUUAUUUGUAUUCUCAUAUUUUUGCGUUAUCGGUAGCAGAAAUUUCCGCAAAUUGCGAGCUGUGCUUCGAAAUAAUUUAUAUUAAAUAUAUGUAGGCUUCUUUCUUCUCUGAAUGUAUAUUUGUAAGGCGCAUGCAAUGCAAAUUGUGGUGUGAAUAAAAGUACGAAAAUAAAUAUGCUGUCACGAAACCGAUCACAAGGAAGUUUUACAAAAAGCAAAACUAAACUAAAAAAACUUUACAUCAGGAAAGAUUUCGGAAUAAUUUAGGCGCUUGCAGUACUGUAAUGUACCGUUAUUUCCUUUGCUUUGAAACACUUGAUUGUUUACUAAACCUUGAACCGUCUAGACACUAUAAUAAAAGUAGCUGUAAAUGUCUAAAUAGGGGGCUAUUGGACUUUGGUGUCCCAACCCCCAGACCACAUGAGGACUGAUUCUCCUUCCUGUCUUAAAGUACUUUAACUCCAGGCUAGAAAUGCUUUGAGAAUUUCUGCGCAUCGUUUCCAUAUUUAGCUCAUGCUGGCAUAUUGGGGCACUUGCAACUAAAGAAAUGGAAGACAAUGGAAAAUAUUGUAACCAGGCCGGUCUUCUAGAAGGAUAAGUAUUUCUUUUUCAUGUUUCUCUCCUUUUGCAGUAUUAUAAAUUGGAUAUAUGUUUCUUUGAUGGCUCUGAAUCUGCGAAGAAGAAAGAAGGGCAAAGUGAGCUUAUAGCACGAAAUUUGUACGAUCUUCCUUGUGUAGGUAAGGCGAUUCCAUCUUUGUGUAGCUUCACCAUACACGAACCAUCAAGCUGCCUCUGCAAAAAGUGAAAAAAAAAUUGAAUUCCAUAAAAAUAUAAGGUGCUGUAUAUCCUUCUUUCCCUUUUUUUGUAACCAGUAGGGGGGACGAACUAAAUAAAUGCACCAAUUUCGGACAAAACAGCCGCUUUAUUGAUAAUUCAUUUGUUAAAAGAUAGGCGAUCGCUCAUUUAUGCAACAAAAAUUACUCCCAUUUUUUUAGUGUCAGAAAAAGAAAACCUCUAUAGAUUGAUUUUUGCUAAUUUAGUACCACCUGGGUUACAUUUACCGUUUUCCUCCCCAAAAGGAUAUUAGAAAACUGAGGUUUCAUUAAGCAUUUAGAAGGGUGCUCAGCUUGUCCUGCAGUGCAAUUGCAUUACCAACUGUGAGGGGCGUUUCACUUCAAUUCUCAAUGUAGCCACAAGAGGGCACUCUCAGUUUUUACAGCCAUGCAGUCAAUUUAACAUCAACCCCACAUGAAAGCCUGUCAGUGAGGGAAUAAUCAGUUUAGCAAGCUGUUUGUUUACAUUUCUAUUUUAAUUAUUCCUUCUUCCAGUCCACUAAAUUCAGCAUGGUUUGCAUGUUGCUGUUUUUUUUUAAUUUAAAGACUCAUUCCCUUCAAAGUAUUUCAUCCUCUCUUUUAAUGAACUGAUAAAAAAACACCGACAAAACGAGAGCCUUGAGUUUCCUUAAAGAAAAUAAGAACACUGUUAAUCAGAGAGCGCAUUACAUUUUGCUAAAUGCUUCUCUGAAGGGAUGAAAUUCCUCAUGAGUUUCAUGAAAACAGCAAACACAAUUUCAAAUAAUUGUCAUGCGUAUGGAAAUGACACCAGGAAUUUAAUUCUGUUCUGUUUCUUUGUUUGUGAUCCGCAUCAUAAAGGCUUAGACCUUUACCUGAGGGCCGCAUGGGCCUGAAACCCAGUAAUAUCUCAUGUUUAUGCUAAAAGGAGCAGUGAAUAUUGACCCACAUUUGCUAUAUAUGUAUUUCUGUUCAAAUAUAUAUAUGUAUAUGUAACAUAUAUAUGUAACGUUUGUUUCUUUUAUUUUCAUUGUCAAAUUCUCGUCUAUUUGAGUCUAGCUAUUUACUUUGAAAAAAGGUACAGGUACUCCGAAUAAAGAUCGAGUAUUGUCGCAGUUUUUAAGCUUUCUUGUUUUGCUUGUAACUAAAAUCAGCCAGUAUUUUUUUUCUUGUUUUUAGAUUUUUUUCUUCGUUUUUUAAAUUUACGCGCUCUACUCCAAUGUUUUAAAUACAAGUGAAUCUCUUGUUAUUUUCUUUAAAUUAUCACUGUUAAUAUUUCCACUGUUCACAAGACUAAUAAUGACAGCAAUCAUGUCAACGAGUGUACGUAUCCUUCGGACCAUUUGACUUAAAAAUAUAUUUUGGAUCAAUGUGAUGUAUAAAUUGUUGAUUUUGCCUGAAGAACAUACUGGCUUCCAAAUGAGUUUUUUUUUUAUUGUAUGUUAAAAUGUUAUCUUUGCAACAUUAUUGGAAACAUGAUAAUUAAAAAAGAGAAAAAAUAUAUAUCCAUUAUCAUUUGCCUCAUUUAACUGUUGUAAAGCUUUAUUUAAAUAGCUAUAACUGCUGCAUAUGGUAUUCUAGGUUUUUCUUUUUUGACAAUCCCGUUUGCAUAGCACACGUGUUUGUUUACAGCCAACUAUAAAUAUCGAAGAGCCUUAAAGAGAGCCAAACGGACGUUACACAUCUUCUCUUACACACUGUAUAAUUAUUUCAAGCUUGUGCCAUUACUAUCAAACACAUAAGGAUUCCCAGUGUUACACUUUUUUGUAAAGGCCGUUAGAGUCAGUGGCAAUUACUGGCAUGACCUCUGAUUUGUGAUCAUGAAUAAUUUCGUGGACAGUGUUUUUUUUCCUCUCUAGUUUAACAGGCAGUACACGUUUGCCUUCCUUACGAGCGAAAACACUGAGGUAUUUAGAGAAUACUGUGACUGUGAGCACAGCCACGGUCAAGCAAGUCAUUUUGAACUCUGCUUCUGAGCGUCAAAUACGUAGUUAAACGAAAGCACAGAUAUGAUAAUCCUGGAGAAAUAGCUUCAUGGAUUAAGUGUGAAGUGUGUAAUAACGACUGCGAAAGCUAUAACGUUGACCUUCACGUUUUUACCAGUCUGUGAGUUCAAUUUGUUAAAGGUAUGUGUCCACCUUUCACAUCAUCUUAUGGAUCUUCUGGGUAUUUUAAAAGCUGAUAUCUUCCAGGAAACGGGGAAAUCGUUUCCUCUUUAAUAGAGAGAUUCUGUGCACCUUAAUUGAAAAACAUCAACAGCAAUAAGCCUUUCAUAAAUUGUCAAAUCAUAAUGAAAAAAGACCAAAAUUUAAAUAGAUGAAAGGAGAAAGCGUUACAUUUAUACUUAGUUUAUUCUUUUGUUACAUAUUUAAUACAAAUACAAUCGAGACAUAUGCCGCAUAUAUGCAGGGAAAGCACUCUUAAUGAUUACAGCGGGUGACG